GACGCGGGGUGCCAUCAACACGUACGUUCUUGUUCCAAAAAUCUUAAAAUUACGUCUAGUCCUAAUUAACCCCUUCACCUGUGUUAAUUAUCCAUGUAAAUUGAUUACAUACUUUAUGAUUUUUAGUUCAUAAAUUGGUGGACAAGAAGAGGAGGAGAUGGAAGAUUAUGAGCAGAAGAUCAACUCGGGGAAUGUGUUCCUUCAGAGUCAGGCUGUGACCAAACUCCAUACCAAACUGCUUGAAAAUGUACAGGAAGGAGAGUCCCUGUAUGAUAGGGAAGAAGUUAGAUGGCUGUGGCAGACUGCUAACAAGGGAGACAUGACUGAGGCAACGCUAGCCAUAGAGAUCCUGAUAGCGCUUGCCAAAGCUGGUUUCCUUCCAGUUCCAGCAACGUUGCAAAACUUCCUGGCUGAUAUUAUGUGUGCUAAGUCUCCUCGAGCUAUUGUGCAAGGAAUCACAGAGAUAGUGUUAAUGUCUCAGAGUGAGUCUGACAACAGUGGCGAGACAGAAUUCCCUUUUACAGGCCCCCCCAAAGGCCCAACCCACCCAUAUGUCACACUCAUCACUAAACGGCCUGACCUGACAUCCACAGUCCUCGAGGAAGUGGCCAGUCUGCUGCGACAUCCAGAUAACAGAUUAAGGUCCUUGAGUAUUUGCCAUGUCCGUCCGCUUGUACUUCAUGCAUUCUGCAUGACAGAGAACACCUUACCAGUGGCUAGGCCUCUCAUAGCCCUCAUUGUGAAUUCACAUUCUGCCCAGCUAGGCCUUGACUUUGUUCCUCUGCUAUCAAGAAUUGUUACUCUUAUCAAAGAUAGUAGCAAAGAUCACAUAGAAAGGAAGAUGAUGGUACUACUUGCUCUAACUGAAAUUGCGAUAGCUGAAAAUUCGGCAAGGCUGCAGUCAGCUCUGUUGCCUUGUCUUGUCAUGAUGGUGCCACUGGCAUGGAAGCAAGGGCUAGGAACAAGGACAGUAGAGAGAUAUAUGAACAUACUGGUGUCCCGCCUAGGAAGAGGAUGUGAUGUUACCCUGUGUGCUUUGGCAGAGGUCAUACCUCAGACUUCUGGACAGCUACAAGUAAAUCUGCUGAAGUUAGGUGCAACUCUUCUUUCAAAUAAAGAUGGUAAUCCUUUGAUUGGUGCAAGAUUGUUGCCAUCAUUGCUGCAGGUGUUGUCAGCUCCCUGCACAAGUAUUCCUGGCCUGACAACAGCUGCUGCAGCUGUAGUAUCUCUUAUACAGGCAACACCAGCUCAAGCUUCAGCUAAUACCCAGUUGGCAGGUAAUGCACACUGGGAAACCUUAUGCUGCACAUUUUCCAGUCUGGUUUCCUUCAUACCAGCACUGGAGUUCUCAGAUCGACUGGUCAGGGAUCCACAGCUGGCUUCCGAUUGGCUGUCCAAGCUGGCUACAUCCAUCAAUCAGAUUUCAAGCUUUCACCAUACUUUUGUGACAUCGGUGUUUUUGUACCAGGGGUCUACAUCACAGUCAAUUCAAGAAGCAACUAAGGUGUGCACUCUCUCUCUCUCUUUCUCUUUCUCUCUUUGUCCCCUCUCUCUCUCUGUCUUUCAGCGAGAGUCGGCGACGGUCAGGCACACGAACCGCCGACCUCAGACCAAGCGACCCUCGGACAUGGACUGA